UCAAGAAAGAGUUUGAUUCGCGAAGGAUUUGCAGUCGCCCGCAGCACAGCACAGUACGGUUGUCGUUUGCUUCGUUCGGUAGAAAAUCUGCUUCGUUUCGUAGUAGUGCCGUUUACUGUAGAGCAACAUAGUAAACAUUUGCUGGAGUAGUAUUAGAAAGGGGGAGUGUGUAAAAAUUUCAUUGCGAAAAACGGUACGUCUUCUCGUUGCAAUCUUCAUUUAGUGCUUUCGUUUGUGUCUCUUUGUCGUCUUUAUCAGGCUAGAAUUUUUCUACCCAAAUAGAAUGGAAUAUGGCAGACGACUAGCGCUGUGCUAAUAGUGUAGAAAUAAUACCUAUAUGGGGCCUCAAAAAUCGCACGACCAGCGAUAACCGUGAGCUGUGUCGAAGAAAAAGUGCUGCACAAAAAAAGUGAUUCCGUGAUUCAGCCGUGAGAAAAGAUCGAAAUGGACGGUCUUUAGUGCGUAGAAAAUAAGAAAAACUGGAAGCUACAUCCAGUUUCGAAGGUGAAUCGUGUCACGAAUUCGCGUUCUAAGCGAAAAUAUUGCAAGUGGCUAACGCCCCAUUGGUGGUGUUUUGCUGAAGGCAAAUCCUACUCCCAACCCUAGUGGCACCAGCAGCGGACGGCAGUCAUUCCAGUACCAGUGUAGGACGUGUCAUGAACUCCCGAAUAAAGGAAGAUGUCAGCCGCCUGUUCGAGUACUGGUGUGAAAUCUCCCCCGGAACUGCGACGUCGCCGUCAGCGGCAUCCCCAUCCAACACAAGUCCGGCUCCAGCAACAGCAACAGACAAAAGUCCGCCGGGAUGCAUUGUGCAGAGCUUUCCGGAAUCAUUCAAGGAUACCAAGGUGAUUGCUGAUAUUCCGGCGUUUGCAUUUCCGUGCGCCUUCGAGAGGCGAACCAUCCAGGUGCAUUCGUUUGUACUAACCAACAUCGACUCGAAGUGGCGAUUUGGAUUCUGCAGGCAUGAUCCGAAGUCGCCCACAGCGAUGGUUAUCGUCACCUAUCUGCCAUGGCACGACACCUUCAUCCGCUUUUUGAACGUGCUAGCAGACGUGCGGAAACAUUCUCAGAGCGAGUUUGAGGCAUUCCUAGCAGAAGCCUACAACAAGGGUGUGCCCGAGCCGGGCGGAUGCUUAAAGCUGCAGUAUGACCGACCGGUGCAAACGUUCAGUUUUCAGAGACCACAGCAGUUUCUGCUUCCCAGUAUACCGGAGAAUCACAAUUUAAACUUGUACUAUAAUUUCGUGGAGCCAAAAUUUAUGAUAGGAAUCUUCGCCGCGAUGCUGGCAGAGCGGCGAAUAAUCUUCGUGUCUCGCAGGUUGGAUAUCCUGUCAUCGUGCAUCCAGGCGGCCAACGCCUUCCUCUAUCCGAUGGUCUGGCAGCACAUUUUCAUUCCGGUGCUGCCGAUGAAGAUGAAGGACAUCCUCGGGGCCCCGAUGCCUUUCCUGAUUGGCGUUCCGGAGGCGGUCUUUGAGUCGUUGCGCCGGGAGGAAAUCGGCGAUGUCGUCAUACUGAACUGUGAUAAACGAACGCUGGAAACACCGUUCGACGAUGUGAAAAAUAUGCCACCGGAACUGGUCGCCUCGCUCAAGAAACACCUGGCCAAUUCGGCUGAGCAUCGGGGGGAUCGGGUGUCAAAGAUAUUUUUAGGUAUAUUAGUGCAAUUAAUUGGCGGGUAUCGAGACGCGGUAAAGUUCAACGAUAAGAUCACCUUCGAUCCGGACACGUUCAUCGAUACCCGACCGUCGCAUCUGAGGCCAUUUCUAGCGAACAUGCUGCAGUUACAGAUAUUCCAGCAGUUUAUUGAGGAGCGGCUGGACAUGCUGAACACCGGUCAGGGGUUUUCCGAUGAAUUUGAGGUGGAAUGCUUUCGGUACGCGGAAAAAUCCGGCCGGAAAGUUAAGCAAUACAAAGAUUUGCUGAAGAAUUUCAAGGAUAAGACCAACCCGGCUGUUCGAUCCGCUGUUAAAUCGGUGAAGGAAGGUGGCAAGGGAGUGAAAACUGCCUACAAAGGGCUCCGGUCGAAGUUCCGCGAAACCACGCCUCCCAAGUCCAAACUGGACAGUAGUUUGCACUCGCACGUAUCGCAGUACGAUAUAGGUCACCAGUCCGCACCGAACUCGCCCGUAUUCAACAAACGGCCACAGACGAUCGCCCUGCCGGACGACUCCUACCACGGUCACGCCCAAAUGUUGACCCCCUCCAGCACCUCUCUAUACAACUCGCCGCACAUAAUGAUGAGCAAUAGCAGCCAUAACAACUACAACACGAUCACCGGGUGCAGCACUGGAACCAUGAACAACAACUUCAGCAGCAGCAGUAGCAACAACAAUCACCACGGCCAUCACUAUAACACCAGCAGCAGCAGCGACGUACGGAGUCCAUCACUCAGUCUCAGCCCAACCAGUUCGAACUCCUCAUCGGAAAUGAAUCUGCUGCAGGAGUUGCAGCAUUUGGCGCUUUUCAAAUCGCCAGCGGUCAACCGAAAUCUCAAACCAGCGUACAGUAUGGACGGAACUAUCCGUUCAUCGUCCCGGACCGGAGCUCCUUUGAGCCCGCCAGGAUCGGGCCAAAUGUUACCUCGCAUACAGGAAGCACCAUCAUCUUCGUCAGCCGCGGCGCAACCGUUGCUGCAACUGGAUCUCGGCACAGUGCGAACGGAAAACGGGCGCGUCGGGAACAACUACAACAACAAUGACGACGAUGACGAUCCCAACUUUGAUCUCUCGCCUGAUAUGCCCUGCCCCCCAGUGCCACCCCGUCGUUUCCAAACGGCAGCUGAAGCACUGGCAGCCAUUCAAAUAUCACCCCCGCCCAUGUCUCCCCCCUCGUCUUCCUCGUCAACUUCGGCAUCACCCUAUAGAAAUUAUAACUUCCUUCAACAAGCUGCCAUAAUGCAACCCAAACCAAACCAUUCGGCUCAACUCAAUCCGAAUUCGACCGGAUCAGCCCCGUCGGUCAUUAGUCAAUCACCUCCGCUUCCUUCACCACCACCGCCGCCGCCACUCAAAGCGAGCCGGAACGAUCCGCUUGUGACCCAGUUUGACGACGACGAACUGAUCACCUUAAUGCCAAAUAGCUCCACCAAUGCUAGUAGCCAAAUCGUGCUGGAACCGACCGGUCGCCAACCGAGCCGCUCCAACAGUAUUAGCAACAGCAGCAGCCACAAUACACAACCAGCAACGCCGCAUGCUCCCUUCCACCAUAAUAAUCACCAAAAGCCACCGGCUCCACAGCCACCGCAAAGGCCACCGCUGGCGCCGAAGCCCACCUUCCGCAAAGAGUCUAACAACGAUGUGGCUGAUGCUCUUGUCACUACCGCAACAUCAUCCAUAUCCCCUGUGCCCAGAACGGGAGCCAUUCCCAUCAAGCCCCCGUCUCCGUUCGGUAACGAGCCACCAGACACAUCCACAGACCUGAUCAACCUGGACACAACCAAUUCAAGCUUUGAGUUAGAAGAUUUCGAUCCGCUAAACGAUAACGCUAAGCCAAUACCGACAGCCAGCGCAGCUGUACUAAAUUCCUGUGGACUAACUGCACCCGCCGCGACUCUCAGCCGCUCCCCACCGGCCCCAACUGGUGGUCUAGGUUUCGAUAAUCCUAUUUAUCCUUACUUUACACCAACGCAUCUCCACGGUACCACCAAAUCGGCAACGUCGUCACCGUUAUCCUCGUCUUUCAAUGCCGUCACCAAUAACACCCUAGCGCAAAACUAUCACCACGCACACCAUCAGCACUCACUAUCGCAAGGAAACUUCUCAGCGGCACGGACUGGUCCUGUUGGUAGCGGUUCCACUAAGCUCAUCCCCAAUAGCGCACAAGACGAUUUCGAACUGCUACGAAACUACGGUCUAGACAGAUUCGGCUCGCUCCUAGAUAGCGCUAGUAACGGCAAAGAAAAACCACAACGGAAACAACAACAUCACAUGGCAAGUCUUCUCAGCAACUCAGCAGUUCAUCAUCAACAACAGGGAAAUAUAAAUACUAACGGUAGUAGUCAUCAUUGUAGUAAUAGUAACACUAGCGGUAAUAAUGGAUUUAAUAAGUUAGGCACUGUAAACAAUUUUGUGAAUGGACGCGCCAGCAAUGCCAGUACUGCUAGCACCGGCGGUACCAAAACAUUCAACAAUUGGACCACCUUCGACUGAUUGGUUUCGCCUAAUGCUAAGGGAUAGUAUUUUUUGCCAGCGUUGAGUUUGUCGUGCUAAAAGUCAACAGUUUACUUUUUCUUUUUGUUAUGAUAGUUAUUGUUUUCUUUUUUGUCAUUUAUGGUGUGAUUUAUCUCCAUAUCCUGAACAUUCUGAACGAAAACAGAUUAAGUUGUUACAUUAUUUAUCUGGAGAACAUAGACGGUAGUAAUUUAUGUCUGAUUGAAAGCAUACAAAUGUUGUACAUAGUGCAAAGCAGCACCGUUAUCUGCCCCGAUAAUCAGCUUCACCGGUAGAGGUGCGCAAUUCUACGUUUUUUCGAAUAAAUGACAACCAAACUAAAACUUUUAGUUUUAGGCAGGCUUUCAACAACAAAACAAAAAGUUUGUCACGUGUUCUAAUCAUACAAUAGCGAUCGAAAUGAACUGUAGGGAGAUUUUAACAGAUAUUAGCAGUGGGCAAUUAAUGGCUCGUGUAUAGAGAAGCAAUGUUGAGAACAGGCGAAUAGAAAUUAAAAGAUAACAGAUACAUAUUUAUGACGUUAGCAAAACAAAAAAAAAAAACAAGGAAGAUAAAAAGGCAAAUUUUUAAAAGAAAUGAUACUUAUAUAGGGGUCAGAAUUCGUGAAACGGAUCACUAAAAAUCGCGAUGUCUAAUUUUUUCAAAUAAGUAUUAAAAACUUCAAGAGUUUCACUCGGGAAGUUGAUUCUCCAAUUUUUAUUGAAUUUGAGUAAGUUUACAAGUUGUUAUUGUCAUUUGAAAUUUAGGUCAAAAUUGUUUUUAAAUAGACAUAGCUUUAAAAAUAUUGCAUCGAAUUUGAUGAAAUUUUCACAGCAGAUGCAUCCUGAGUUGUAGUUUUCGAAAAUAUUUUUUUUGGAGAAAAAAAUAUUUUUUCAAUAGUAACUAUUUAAAACAAUAUGUUGAAAAUCUAUGUUCUGGGGGACUGAAAAAUCUGAAAAUAAUCACAAGUAUUUUUGACGAAAUUUCGAAAUUGCCCUGGAAAUUUCGCGGUGGUGAUAUUUUUUGAUCAAAAAAUAUGGACCUUCAAAGUUGUUGUAAGUAUUUAAAACAUAUUGUUUUAAAUAGUUACUAUUGAAAAAAUAUUUUUUUCUCCAAAAAAAAUAUUUUCGUGAACUACAACUUAGAAGGCAUCUGCUGUGAAAAUUUCAUCAAAUUCGAUGCAAUAUUUUUAGAGCUAUGUCUGUAAACUUGUAAACUUGUAAACUUACUCAAAUUCAAUAAAAAUUGGAGAAUCAACUUCCCGAGUGAAACUCUUGAAGUUUUUAAUACUAAUUUGAAAAAAAAAAAGACAUCGCGAUUUUUAGUGAUCUGUUUCAUGAAUUCUGACCCAUAGACAUUAUUGGACGCUCUAGUGUUGAUAACGUUGUUGAGUAACUUUUUAAAAGCAGAUAUUAAGAAGGACGCGAAGCGAAAAGACAAGAAUCGAAAGGCAAAAUGUGAACGGCACACAUGACACAUAUUCAUCACUCUACUAAGUAGAAGAGCAACUUGUGCUCUACCUAAUUUUCGGUCUAAGUUUCGAAUCGACUCCCGGAUGAGGAACCGUUUGUGAUGGGCUUGGUGGCAGAAGCCGCAGAAGUGAGAAUCUCGGUUGAAGUUUUUGUUUGACAAUUUUAACAACUGAAUGUUAAAGUGUGUAACAAAUUCAAUUUUGUAACGUGAUGAUUCUAAUCAUUUUCGAUAGAGGAUUUUUUCCUUCAUAAUGUUUUUCAAAAGUACUUUUUUCGCGUAAUUAAAGUGUGAAGGUAUUUUCUUAGCUCUUGAAUUUAAUACUACUUUUUAAAUAUCAGAAUGUUGAAUCAAUUUCCGUCGAAACACAAAUAUUGAGUUCAUGGAUUGUUGAUAACAUUGUUGUUCACACUUUACGCUGACUUUAACAACGCUUUGUAGAAUAUAUCUUGCUCACUUUCCCUCUCGUGGAAUUUAUAGUUAGAUUGUAGACUGCCGAAGGAAAAUUCUUUAAAAUAGUGGUUGCACACUUUCAAAGUAAAAUGUUGUAACAGUGUAAGUGUUCUUUACAACUUUAUGUUCGGCGCCAUUUUAAUUGCAGAUGCAUUCUCAUAAUUUUUAAUCGAAUACCAUUACUCAUUUAGCAAGCUUACAAACGGUCAUCAUUCGGAACUCACCAUUUAUAAUACCAUUCACGGAAACAACACUCUUGUUUCCAAAUCACCAUCGGAGGAUCAAUUUUCUAUAUGACAAGUUUUGUACUCUCGUAUAACGAAACAAUAAUUAAAACGCAUGUACGCUAUAUCUUACACACAAUCUAUUAAAAUGAAUCAAUAAUUUUGAUACUUCGAUUUCUCUAGUUAGUCCGAACAAAAAAAAAAAUAAAAUUGCCAUAUUAACAUUUCAUUCAUCAAACAGCAAAUAAGAUUUGUAAUAUUACACACAUAUAUAGAAAUCAGCAAGCGCAAACAAACGAUACAUAUUAAAUUUUGCAUUUGGAUAACUAAUGUUUUCAUUAUGAAGCAAAAAACAGAUUAAAAACAUAUGCAAACUUCUCAUGAGAAUAUUGGAUUAUUACGUAUAUGAAAAAGACUAAAAAUCUCACAUUAUCACAAGCAGUUUUUUCUUUUUGUGAUGUGCGUAUCAUUAGAUUUUGAAUUGCAAUAUAGAUGCCACACCAAUUCGAAAGACUUGCAAUUAUUCGAUAUAAUUUUAACAGGAAAAAAAAGUCAAAUCCCACAGAUUUUUACCAAACCCCAAAACUCAUUGGAUUCCCAUCCACUGUUUCUCCCUCGAAUAUCCAACAUUCCCCAAUAAACAGCAGUUUUAGCGAGUGAAAUACUAAGUAUAUUUAUAGUGAAGAAAAUCAUAAAUCGAUAGAAACAAAACCAAACCAGAUAUCCAUAUAAACGGUUGCCAAGUUGAAAGACAUGUUUUUAAAAAACUUAUUAGAAGGUCAAACUCUGUAGCUGAGAGUAGGUAAUAUUUAUAAAUAGAUAAACUCGACAUCGUAAGGAUUUUAAAUGGAGAAAAGAAUAUAACUUAUUAUAAACGGUGGGUAAUAGUCGUGGAUGUUUGUCAAACAAACAAAACGGUAAUAUAAAAAGUGAAGAAAAAAAAUGUUCGAAUGCUCAAAACAGAUUUAGAAGGGUCGCUAAACUGUGUCCUUGAAAAUUGGAAUUCUCUAUCCUCGGUGUCCCGCACUGUUAUUUUCUUUCGCGCUCAAACGUAGAUAGCAUUCCUAAUUUUGUUUAGAGCUUAGCUUUUUACAUAUACCGCGUUCGAACUGAUCACUAUAAUUUUUGAACCACGGAAAAAUAUAGUGGUUUCGAGGAUGCUUUGAGUGUAUCACCUAUAGAGUUGAAACCUGUAUUUUGCAAAGCAUUAAAAGCAGUCACAAAAUUUAUUUAUUCAAACACCAAAAAUAUGCGCUAAAUUGAAUAGCAUCGAAAUUCGUUCAUGCGUGGAACAUGCUACAAUGAUAGACGUUAAAAAAAACAAAGCAAGUUAAAAAUUAUACUAAAAUCCAAAUUUAUCUGCAAACAUCACACACUCACACACAUAAUGUACGACGUGUUGUUUACUGGAAAAAGACAAAAACAUAGCAAAGUCAAUCCUAUUUAUUGAGUGUUUUGAUCGAUAACAAAAAAAAAUUAACAAACUGCCGCUAAACAUCAGGUAUCUAACAGAAGCCUGGGAAUUAAGCCAUCUUAGGAUGUAACAAACUCUCUGAGAGGUUUGAAACCCGUCUAGGAAUCAGCAGUGAAUCCCCAGAACAUGAACCAUGUUGAAGUCAAAAGCGGACGAAAAAGAUGAAAUAAAGAAAAUCAUUUAAUGUUUAUCAAUGCGAA